ACAUGACGCGGGAGAGGUGCACGGGCAGGGCUGAUGACUCGCUAAUGUCACUGUGAGGCGGACAUGUACACGCUGUCGCUUUAAUUUCUGUGCAAUCCAGGGGGCAGGUCUUCUUUCUCCACUUGGACAGCGAGCGUUUGCGCCACCACACAGCAGUAGAUUGAAUGAACUGCUUUAGCAGACUCCUGGCCAUAGGGGUUGCCAUGCUGGAGUAUUCAAGAUGCGGGAGAUGUGCUGCAAGAAUGCAUCAUUUUUAGCUCGGAGAGGUUGCUUUUGAGCCUCGCCGCAUUUUCCAGCAGCGUUUCGGGAGCUGGGCCUGUUGAAAGCAAUCUCCUCCUUGAUGGUAUCUAAAGAGCAGCGCACUGCACAGGCGACUGGCAGCUCGCUGCACGGACGGUAAAGAACUUGGGAAAGGAAAUGGUCAAGAUGGCAGCUGUACACGGAAUGAUAAAGCUGAUGUGGUGACAUUAAUGUAUUAUUUAUUCUGGCAUGCAUGUCGCAGGAUCGCAAUUCAGGAGGGGGGCUUGUGAAGGAACGCCGUUCGGAUUCCUCCAAGACUCGCUGCUCACUCUAAGUAACUACACAUUUCGCGAAACAGCAAUGCAUUUCCACAGGGGUGUGGACUGUGUUCAAGAAAUGGCACUAUUUUGUUAAUGCUGCUCAGCCCGAUCUAUUUUUCUGGUACGGAACAACGCCUGGGAGAGGACGGACACGUGCUGGACUGGGCUACAAGGUGGACAUUUGCAUAUCGUGCAUAGUAAAUUGUCACCGAAGCCAGCAGACAACAUUGAUGGAAUGCGACCCGAGUGAUUUUAUAACCCUUUGUGCAGCGACCGAGAUAUUGCGAUUAACAUGGCUGAGGCAUCGCACAAUGAACCUCCAUUAAAUGUUGAAAUAGAUCCAGAUUUCGAGCCCCAGAAAAGGCCACGGUCCUGCACUUGGCCCUUGCCUCGUCCGGAGUCUGGUGCGGGCAAGCCCGGAACAAAUGACACUGACGUAAUCCCAGAAGAGGAGGAUGAUGAGAAUGACACAGAGAGCGGCAUUGCCCAGAAAACCAGUGUUAAACCCCGGGAGCCGAGCAGCACCUCGCAGCCUGUGGAGGUCCAGAGCGGCCCCUCCAAGGAGGAAGGCACUGACGGGUCCCCUUCGUCAACACAGACCCCCGCCGCGGCUCUCAGUGGCUCUGCAUCCCAGCAGUUGAGGAAGUCCUCUGCCCGCAGGAAUGCCUGGGGCAACUACUCCUAUGCAGACCUCAUUACCCAAGCCAUUGAGAGCUCCCCAGAGAAGAGGUUGACAUUGUCCCAGAUCUAUGACUGGAUGGUGAGGUCUGUGCCAUAUUUCAAGGACAAAGGCGACAGCAAUAGCUCUGCUGGCUGGAAGAAUUCCAUCCGGCACAAUUUAUCCCUCCAUAGUCGUUUUGUCAAGGUCCAGAAUGAAGGAACAGGGAAAAGUUCUUGGUGGAUGGUCAACCCAGAGGGUGGGAAAGGUGGCAAAGCCCCAAGGCGACGGGCUGUAUCCAUGGAUAACAGCAAGUACAUCAAAGGUGCCAGAGGACGUGCCACCAAGAAGAAAGCCUCUCUGCAGGCCGCCCAAGACGGUAGCUCAGAGAGUUCCUCAAGCCUCUCCAAAUGGACAGGAAGUCCCACCUCUCGCAGUAGUGACGAGUUGGAUGCCUGGACAGACUUCCGCUCCCGGACCAAUUCUAACGCCAGCACGCUGAGUGGCCGUCUCUCACCCAUCUUGGCUAAUUUGGAGCUGGACGAGGUGCCUGAUGAUGACUCUCCCCUCUCCCCAAUGCUUUACUCCAGCCCCAGCAGCAUGUCCCCCUCCACAGGCCCCACCGGGCUCUCUGAUCUGGCAGGUACCAUGAAUCUCAAUGAUGGGCUCUCUGACAACCUGAUGGACGAUCUCUUGGACAAUAUUAGCCUAACGGCAUCCCAGCAACCUCCUCCUGGAGAGGAAGAGAGUGGAGCCAAUGGGCAGGGGAGCUCAGUGUUUACCUUCAGCUGCUCAGGAAGCAGUCUGGGUAGCCCCUCUGGCAGCUAUGGGCCUAACUCUCUUUUUAGCCCUACGUCCAUGACGAGCCUGCGGCAGUCGCCCAUGCAGACCAUUCAGGAGAACAAGCAAACCACCUUCUCCUGCGUCUCUCACUUCAGCGAGCACCAGACCUUGCAGGAUCUGCUGAGCCUGGAGUCCCACAGCCACAGCAACGUCAUGCUCACCCAGUCUGACCCACUGAUGUCACAGGCCAGCACCGCCAUCGCUCUGCAGAACUCCCGCCGCAAUGCCAUGCUGCUUCGGAAAGACCCCAUGAUGGUGAACCAGGCUGGUGCAGGUCAGACCCAAAGUUCUUCAGUGCCUGUUUGGCAAGCUGGCUUGUCAACUUCUGUUAGUGGAGGACUGGGGUUGAGCGGUGAUGCUGGCCAUACCGAUGCUAAGCAGCAGCACCUGAAGUCUCCCAGCAAGAAUUCCUCUAUGCAGCUUGGCUCGGGUCUGUCCGCUCAGGACCGCUUUCCUGCCGAUCUGGACCUCGAUGUGUUCAAUGGUAGCCUCGAGUGUGACAUGGACACCAUCAUCCGCAAUGAACUGAUGGAGGACGAUUGCCUGGACUUGAGCUUUGAUUCUCAUGCCACCCCUGCCCAGAAUGCUAACAGGAAUUCAGGAAGCUUCCCCAGCUCUAAACAGACCUCACCACAAAACUGGGUCCCGAGCUGAGAAGUUCCAGAACUAAGCAUGAUAUGAAAAACAAAAAAAGUGGGGAACAUGUAAAUUGGGGUUCAUUGUCCUGCAUUGUGCAACUAGAGGGAAGAAAGAAUAUGUGAGUGUAUCCAUGUAGUGUGUUUUUUCCGUUAUUUUUAAUGUCAGGCAUUACGUUUGGUACUGUAUUUUAAGUGUCUAAGACACAUAGUGGUGUUUUCACAGCGGAGGAAAGAUUUCUUUCAAAACGAUCAAUGUCCGGGAAGUGUGAACAAUAAUACUGACUGGAAUGGAGCUGAAGGAGAUUUUCUUCAGACAAUAUGAAAAACAUCAACUCUUGUUAGUCUCAGGGAAUCACGCAUAUCACAACGUGAUACAUGGAACUGAUGGUGAAUUAUGUUUAACCCUGCUUUUUCUCCAGUUUCACACCCUUUCAUACCUAAACCAACAAUGUUUUUGCCAAACCAGCUGUCAGCCCAUUGUGGGUGACAGCCUGUUUACAUAACAAGCUGCAGAGAAUGUUACACUAUGUUCCAGUGGAGGAUACUUGAUAAGCUUUUUUUUUUUUUUUUAAGUUUCUUUGAAAGACGUAGCCUAAGUGGACUAAAUGAUUAAAAACAAGUGUUAUUGAAAAGCUUUUCUUUCCCCCCCAUCGAUGCACCAAGUCAUGCACCAAAUAUCAAUCUGUAGAGUUAAAAUGUUAUCAAGAUGUGAAAUGAUCUACAUUGUGUGGUUUUGUAUGUAAUGUUUUAUUUUCAUUUUGCAAAUUUUACCCUGUGAUUUUAGUGACAUUACUGUGAAUUCCGUUCCUUCGAAGAGGUGCAUUACCGAGGCUCUCGAUAAUAUGAUGUUUCUGCUGCAGCUCCCUUUCCCUGACCUUGCCCCCUCUUCCACUUACUGCAAUAUUGGAAGUACUGCUCCAUAUACAGAGUUUAGGACAGACGUAAGAACAGUGUUUAGCAAGCCACAUGAUUUAGCUAUAGUUGACAUCAUUUACAUUAGUAAACACUUACAGUAAGUAAACACAACCAUUUGGUACUGAAAAAAAAACCACUCAUAUUUAAAUAUUCCAUAGCACUCAAAUACAACAUUUUGGUGUUAAUUUGAAGGAGUACUUGGUGCUACAAAUAAGAAGAUAGCAGGGAGUGGCUGCCAAUGGAGGUGCAUUAGUAGCCUCCCUUUGUUAUCAGCACUAUAGCAGGUGCUUGGUAAAUAGUGUUUUCAACCCUGUGACAGGAGGUUAUGUAAUAUCUUAGCAAUUUGCCAUUUUAGGUGGGAAAAAAACACAACCACAGUAUUUUAAAUAUUGCCAAAAUAUUUCUGCAAUUAAGUAAGUGGAAAUAAGAGGAUACCAUGUGUAUAAAUGUUAGGAAACAGUGCUAAGGGCAAACAAAAAAAAAAAAAAGAAAGAAAUCUCUACAUCAGCACAGUUUUUGUAGGAACAGCAGGAUGACUUUUUAGUUUACAUUUUGUCGCCAGCUGGAAACAGCCAAAGGGCCUUUCAGUGAUUUGAUGUGCUCAUUGAAUUGACCAUUCGUGUUUCAGGGAACAUGUGAAUUGAAUUUUACUUUUUUUUUUUUUUUUGCUACAUUGAGAUAAAAGCAUUUCCAUUAUGCAUAACGUGGUAGAACUAGGUACUACAUUUUGGCCACCUGGAACUGUUAAAUAUUCCGUUUAGCACAUAAGCACCGUAAGGAUUGUUUAGAAAAUUCAAAUGUCUACUGAAUUUGAUCGAUCCUAUUGGCUUAAUUUUUGAUUUUUGCACUGAUAUCCUGCACCGUUAUGCUUCCAGAUAUAGUUUUUUGUAGCUUCAUAUGGUGGAUUUCCAUCUAAAAUGCAACACACUGAGUUGACUUAUAAUUUUUUUUUUUUUUUCAGGGUCACAGUCUCUGAUCUACAGUACUUUUGAGUAACACCCACUGCCAAUGUCCAUACUACUUUCUUCCUAUUGCUCCUACAAAAAAAAAAAAGAAAAAGAAAAAAAAAAAAAGGACAUCAAGUUGACAUUGCCAGGUGUAUUUCCAAUUCUUACCUUGGUUGUAUCAGAGAUGGUGCAUGUAAAUAAAGC